AUGAAGCUCUCCGUUGCCUUCUUGUGUUUCUCACUCAUCUUCUGCUGCUAUUCUGGAGUGGCUUCAGGCAAUGAGUUUUUCAUGGAGUUCCUUCAAACCUUGCUGGUGGGCAGCCUGGAUGAAGUGUUAGGGGGGCCCCUGGCCCCUUACAGUGUCAACUCCAAUGCCAAGCGGGCCCUGGCUGAGCUCAAGUCCUGCAUCGAUCACCUGGACCCGCAGAACAAAGCCGAGCUGGUGAAGUUGCUGGUGCUCGUUCUGGACAACCAGGAAGCCAACUCCUGA